UUGAUUUUGUCUGGUUGUUAGUGUCAAUGGGUAGUCUCCAAAGUUUGAUGUCUUCAUAUUUAUUGGUCUGAAGAACAGAUUCAAGUGUUGGAUGGUCUCCCUAUGAAUGAGAUUUUAAUGAAUCUACCGGAUCCGUCGAUGGAGUUACUGGCAGCGAGCGGCGGUGACACCGUGAAGAUCUUUGACAUUAAGCUCGAACCGAACGAUCCUUGCGUUUUAAGUUACUCGCCUUCUCCGAGUUGCCUUGUCAACUCGGUUAAGUGGAACCACACUAAUUUAGUGGUGGCGAGUGCCGGAGAAGAUAAGAAGAUAUCGUUAUGGCGGAAAAAUGGGCAGAGUAUGGGGACAGUUCCGGUUGCUGGGACAGAUAGUGGAGAUAACAUUGAGGAGUCUAUUUUAGCUAUUAGCUUUAGCAACAAGGGAUCCAGAUACAUAUGUUCAGGGGGAAGUGCUCAAGUUGUAAGAAUAUGGGAUUUGCAGAGGAAGCGUUGCAUUAAAUGGUUGAGGGGUCAUACCAGCACAAUAACAGGUGUAAUGUACAACUGCAAAGAUGAACACUUGGCCUCCAUCAGCCUAAGUGGGGAUCUCAUUCUUCACAACCUUGCAUCUGGAGCAAGGGCUGCUGAACUGAAAGAUCCUAAUGAACAGGUACUGAGGGUACUUGAUUAUUCGCGGAUUAGUCGACACGUUUUGGUGACUGCAGGUGAUGAUGGAUCUAUCCAUUUGUGGGAUACCACUGGUCGCAGCCCAAAGGUUUCCUGGUUGAAGCAGCACUCUGCUCCCACAGCUGGCAUUAGCUUCUCACCAUCAAACGAUAAGAUAAUUGCUAGUGUUGGGUUAGAUAAGAAGCUAUACACUUAUGACUCAGGGUCUAGAAGACCCUCAGCUUUCAUUUCUCAUGAGGCGCCUUUCUCUUCAUUGGCAUUUAGAGAUGAUGGUUGGACAUUGGCAGCUGGCACCAGUAAUGGUAGAGUGGUAUUCUUCGAUAUUCGGGGAAAACUACAACCUUUUACUGUUCUUCGUGCAUAUAGUAGUUCAGAGGCUGUUUCAAGUUUAUGCUGGCAAAGAUCAAAACCAGCCAUUGUUAAUGAGAGUACUUGCACUGCUGAGACUGCUCUUUUGGGAGGUGCAGUGGAAGAUUCAGUUCUUAUGCCUGACCCCCUUCCAUCUAUGACAUCAUCAAGCCUUUCACUAUCAACUGCAAUUCCUGGUUCUCGUAUCACUGGCCGUUCAGGUCCAGCAGAAGUACCGUCUCUAACUAGUAGUAGUGGAUCAGUGUCAAGCACACUCAAUCUGUCUUCUUCUGAGGAAACACCGCAUAGAAGCCAUCUGUGGCCAGGUGGAGCACUGACAAGAUUACAUGCUCCUCGUUCUACGUACAAUUUUAAGGAUGAUAUGGAGGUGUUUUCCCCUCUUGUCGAUGUUCAACCAAUCACACCCUCGCUGGAUAAGCUGUGGGAUGAUCAUGAGGGUGCAAAGAAAGAGCAUCUACUCACUGAUAAGAAGCCUUCUUCCCUACUGUUUCCUUCCAGCAGGAGGUUUGCUUUUGCGGAUGAUGGAGCAAGUGAUCACCCAAUAUUUGAUUGGAAGUCCAGUUCAAUGUCUCGACAGGAUGGCACAAGAUCUUUUACAGCAUUGGGAUCUACGCCUACGCCAUCUUCCAAGAGUGAAGAGGCCUCCAUCACUCCUCCUGAAGCUUGGGGUGGUGAGAAGAUAUCUGAUAAAUUUACCCACCUACGUCAGCUGCCAUCUCGUUUUGGGAUGCAGGCUUCUGGCGGUCUGACAUCAGGCUCUAUUUAUUCUGGACAAGAUCAGUGUUCAACACUCAGUCAGACAAGUAUUAGCUCGUUAACAAGUUCUAACCUGAGCUAUGAAAACUUGCGCACAAAAGAUGUCUCCUCAAAUGAGGAGACUUCAUUGGGAUUUCCAGAACACUUCUCCUCCAGCUCCAUGUCUUCUUUGUCUCUAGGUUCAAAAGGCAUUAGUGGAGCAGGCAACCUUGACUCACCAAAAUUAGCAUCUGUAGGACUGCCGCGAAGGUUUUCAACAUAUGCCGAGAGAAUUAGUACUACAUCUGCCUUCAGUGAUGGAACAUCUCAUUUGGUGGCUUCUCCAAAAACAAAGAAAACAGGAGCUGAAACCAGAGAAGAGCUGUUGAAUAGCUUGUUGUCGAGGUCUGAUUCAUUGGCUGCAGUGGAAUCGGGAAUUCUGCCGGCUAUGAAUGGAGGAACAUUACAACCCCACAAGGCUCCUUAACCAGAUCCCCAGCAAGGAAGUAACCUUCCUCUUCAGCUAUUUCAAC